UUGAAAGGAGGUGAGAGUUGCCUCGUCCUCUCUCUCCCCCCUCCCCAUCAGGCUGGCUCUUUCCCAGGGACACAAUGAUAUCCCACGGGCUGUAGGGGGCUGAUCUAGAAGAAUCCCGCCUCUGAAACAUCACAUCCCCAAAAAAAAAGAGAGAAAGAAAGAAAGAGGGAGAAAGAGGGAGAGCAAAGGCUGCGGAGAGCCCAGAGAGAGAGACAGCUGUCCAGCCGGGAUGCCCUGGUUAGACAGCCCCAUGCUGCUGCUAUGGGUGCUAAUAGCGGAGAUGCUCCUUUUGGGACAGGGGCAACCGAACUUCCUAGACUAUUUAUAUGAUGAGGAGGCGGACGGGGUGCUGGAAGAACACAUAGAUUACAAGGACCCCUGCAAGGCUGAUGCUUUCUGGGGAGACAUCGCUCUGGACAAAGAAGAUCUGAAACAUUUCAAGGUGGAUUGGAGCGGGCAUUCCACAAAGCAUUCAGUCUCUCCAGGUUCUGCAACAAAUGGCUCCUUACUACAGACGGAGAGCCAAGGGCGAACAGGCAGAAUUGUCAUCCGUGGUAAGCGUGCAGCAACUUCUCGGCUUGAACGGGUUUGGCCAGAUGGAGUUAUUCCUUACGUCAUCAGCGGAAAUUUCAGCGGCAGUCAGAGAGCAAUAUUUCGUCAGGCUAUGCGGCACUGGGAGAAGAAUACUUGCGUCACCUUCUUGGAAAGGACCGAUGAGGACAGUUACAUAGUGUUCACUUACAGACCGUGCGGAUGCUGCUCAUACGUGGGACGGCGUGGGGGUGGCCCUCAAGCCAUCUCCAUUGGAAAGAACUGUGACAAGUUUGGGAUUGUGGUUCACGAGUUAGGCCAUGUCAUCGGAUUCUGGCAUGAACACACAAGACCAGACAGGGACGACCAUGUAUCUAUCAUCAGAGAGAACAUCCAACCAGGACAGGAGUAUAACUUCCUGAAGAUGGAGCCAGAGGAGGUGGAGUCCCUUGGAGAAACUUACGAUUUUGACAGUAUUAUGCACUAUGCACGGAACACUUUCUCCAGGGGGAUUUUUCUGGACACCAUUCUUCCGAAAUAUGAUGUGAAUGGAGUUAGACCUCCAAUAGGGCAGAGGACACGGCUCAGCGCUGGUGACAUUGCACAAGCCCGAAAACUGUACAAAUGCCCAGCUUGUGGUGAGACACUCCAGGACAGUCAAGGGAAUUUCUCUUCUCCGGGUUUCCCUAACGGAUACUCUGCAUAUGUGCACUGCGUAUGGAGGCUCUCUGUCACGCCCGGGGAGAAGAUUAUGCUGAAUUUUACCUCUUUGGAUUUGUACCGCAGUCGCCUCUGCUGGUACGACUACAUCGAAGUCAGGGACGGUUUCUGGAAAAAAGCCCCACUCCGAGGAAGAUACUGCGGGGAUAAGAUUCCAGAACCCAUCAUAUCUACAGAGAGCAGGUUGUGGAUUGAGUUCCGGAGCAGCAGCAACUGGGUGGGAAAGGGAUUCCAGGCAGUGUAUGAAGCACUGUGUGGAGGGGAAGUGAAGAAGGACUCUGGACACAUCCAGUCCCCUAACUACCCCGAUGAUUAUAGACCUAACAAGGCGUGUGUGUGGCGACUCAGUGUGGCAGAUGGAUUCCAUGUUGGAAUCUCAUUCCAAUCCUUUGAGAUUGAGCGCCAUGACAGCUGUGCUUACGACUAUCUGGAAAUCAGGGAUGGCAACACGGAGAGCAGUCCUCUCAUUGGCCGAUUCUGCGGCUAUGACAAACCGGAUGACAUCAAGAGUUCGACGAACCAGUUGUGGAUUAAAUUUGUAUCUGACGGCUCCAUCAACAAGGCUGGCUUUUCUCUCAACUACUUCAAAGAGGUGGACGAGUGUUCACGUCCCAACAGUGGGGGCUGCGAGCAGCGCUGCGUGAACACCUUGGGCAGUUACAAGUGCGCAUGUGAUCCAGGAUAUGAGCUGGGUCCAGACAAGAAAAAAUGUGAAGCGGCCUGUGGCGGAUUUCUGACCAAACUAAAUGGCUCCCUUACCAGUCCGGGCUGGCCCAAGGAGUACCCACCAAACAAGAACUGUGUCUGGCAGCUGGUGGCCCCCACGCAGUAUCGAAUCUCACUCCGAUUUGAUCAGUUCGAAACAGAAGGCAAUGAUGUCUGUAAAUACGAUUUUGUGGAAGUCCGCAGCGGUCUGACAUCAGACUCCAAGCUGCACGGGAAAUUCUGCGGCUCGGAGCUCCCCUCUGUGAUCACCUCUCAGUACAACAACAUGCGGAUUGAGUUUAAAUCUGAUAACACGGUUUCCAAGAAGGGCUUCCGGGCUCAUUUCUUCUCAGAUAAGGACGAGUGUUCUCACGAUAAUGGAGGCUGCCAGCAUGAGUGUACCAACACAAUGGGCAGCUAUCUGUGCCAGUGCCGCAGCGGGUUCAUCCUGCACGAGAACAAGCAUGACUGCAAGGAGGCCGGCUGCGACCAUAAACUUACCAGCAGUACUGGGACCAUCUCUAGCCCAAACUGGCCCGACAAAUACCCCAGCAAGAAAGUCUGCACCUGGCAGAUUACAGCCACGGCAGGCCACCGUCCACGACUAACUGUCACCGAGCUGGACCUUGAGUCCCAUCAGGAAUGUCUGUACGAUCACGUAGAGGUCUACUCGGGCACCGACGCACAGUCUCCGGCCGUCACGCGCUUCUGUGGCAGCAAAAUCCCGGAUCCCAUCAUCACCCCCAACAAUACCAUGUUCUUGAAGUUUGUGUCUGACAAUUCAGUGCAGAAGAGGGGAUUCCUAGGAGAACUCUCAACAGUGUGUGGAGGGACACUGCAUGCAGAAGUUCGUACUAAGGACCUGUAUUCCCAUGCCAAAUUCGGAGAUGACACUCACCCCACGGCUUCAGAGUGUGUUUGGCAUGUGGUGUCGGAGCCGGGUUACGGAGUGGAGUUAGUCUUCCAGAGCUUCGAGUUGGAGGAAGAGCCAGAGUGUGGAUAUGAUUACAUGGAGCUGUACGACGGGCCGGAUGAAGGAGCCCCCCGUCUGGGGAGAUUCUGCGGGUCAGGGCCCCCAGAGGAGGUGUAUUCCUCAGGUGACUCUCUGACUAUCAAGUUUCACUCCGACGACACCAUUAACAAGAAAGGAUUCCAUGUGCGAUACACUAGCACCAAAUUCCAGGACACUCUACAUUCUCGGAAAUGAUACCACAGCCGUCUGUCCUCUGACUCGUCUGGGACCGUGUCUGCCAAUGGAGACAGCCUCCGAACUGCUGGACCCCAAAACCUUAAGGGUGGGCGCAGAAAAAGGGACAAGCAAGAGCCUCAGGGAUAAUCAAGGGUGCAGUCAUAUGUCGGCACACACAACAUUUACCUGAUGCACACUCACACGAAACUCAAACUCCCCCCUCUGUGAUAGAGGCGCCAAAAUAAAUGUAACAACAUUUCUCAACAAACGCCAUUUUGUACACUCACACACUCUACAUUGCGUGUAUUUCCGGACACACGCAAACACGGCUCACAUUUCUCCGUGUAGGAUCUGUGGCAACUUUUGGUAAAUAGUAAUACUAUUGUUCAAAACUUACCUUAAACCCUUUGUCUCAUUAUAUUAGUUAUAUGCACCUCUGUAACAAUGCAACACUAUUCCAACAAUGGCUGCCAUGACCCAGCCGUGCUAUAAUACACAUUUCUCUAAAUAUUUGCACUUUUCGUUCUAACUUAAUCCUUCCGGAUAACCUAUUAGCCCUUACUCUUCACCUUUCAUCUGGCUCCGUAACAGCCUUAAUGAUCUGUCUUCUCUGCCGGGUUAAGUGACGCUGCCGAUCUCUCCCGCCGAUCGCAUCAGGCCACUUUAUAAACACUGUUGUCUUUUCAAUGCCACUAUAAGCCCCUAUUCUCUUUCAUUCUCGCCUAUGAUGACCUUGCCUCUAUCCCCCAUUCUUCCCAUGUAAAGACACAGUUCCUUUGAAGUGGUCUCCAAGUAUCAACAUUUUAUCCUCGGUCUUGAAUGCAUAAACCUCAACGACAGUCUUCGUCAAAAAUGUGUAAAACUGCGGACUCAUUAAAAACGACCACCACUGUGAAA